UCUAUUCUCAUUGAUAUGGUUUCACAUGCCAAGCGAAACCGCGACUAAGACCUUAUGACAUCAUGAUGUUCUACAUACAUGGUAAGAGUUAGGGAAACAAUUACAUUCUUAAGUUCACCUCUUUAUUUCUCACAACAACAAUCUUCCGACCUAUAUACACCCAGUUCUGUGUGCCAGCAACUUAAUUCAACUAAGGAACUCGAGAACUCAAGAGACUGUAACAAUUGUCAGAAAACGAAUCACCCAAAAUGGAUAAUCCCGAAGCACAGGUUGAACGUGUUAUCCGCGCCCUAACGGUACAGUCCCGUCAAGACCAAGCUGAUGCUCUAGAGGAGUAUUUCCUACCCGAUGCCUACUUCAUCCACCCUUUUUGCCGUGUUCCGUCCUUUGGUGAUCGCAAAAUCCCUUUGAUCAAUCAGACCAUAAACUCCCGCUGGUUCAUAUUCUUCAUCUAUCAAUGGUAUCGUAUCUUGAGUCCGGAUAUCAAGCUUACCAUCGAUUCGGCUAGCUUUGACAAAAAGAAUGACCUUCUAUACUGUUCAAUUCGCCAGAAAUUCACGCUAUGGUUCGUGCCGUUCUCGCUAUGGCAGGCCAACGUAAGACUAGUGACGGUUUUAGAGCUGAAACGGAAACCUACCGACCGCAACAACAGACCUAUCCUAAAUGGAAGACCGAGUCCCGAUAUCGACGACCUAUCGCUCUCCUACCAGCCGAACAAGCUUUACUUCAUAAAGGGCCAGGAGGACCACUACCAAGUGGAAGACUUUCUCAAGUUCAUUGCACCUUGGGGUGCCUCCCUGUUGUGGUUUUCAUGGCAACUCUUUGCAACUUUUAUCUGCGCGGCUGGCGUUUUGCUCCUCCGAAAACCUAUCGUCGUCCUCAGGGAACGUGUACUCGGACUAGACAGCAGAGCCAUAAAGAAGGAGUAGGGUGCUUCGAAGCUAGUUGCUCGCCUAGUCCCGGAGAAGAUCAAGGAAAUGGAGUUUAAAGAAGCAGGUGUACGUGUUGCAAGAUCGUGCGGUCGAAAAGUGGGAAAAGUAUUGGUCGAGUUCAUUCUGCUAUCGUAUAAUGACAACAAUGAGACCAAUUCGAGAGACCGGGAAUUCACCUUUGCGCAUAGGAGU